AUGGCUAGCCUUACUGGAAAAAGGGUCGCAAUAACCGGUGCAGCGAGCGGCAUCGGCUUGGCCACAGCAAAGCUGCUUGCACGUCACGGAGCUUUGCUCUCUCUUGCCGACUUGAGCUUACCACGGUUAGAAGCGGCCCGUUCUUCACUCGGGGGAGACAAUGAACGACACAUCAUUGUUGCCGUCGACGUCAGGUCCAGCAGCGCCGUCAAUGCCUGGAUCCAGGAAACGGUCAAGCGGUUUGGUGGGCUCGACGGGUGCGUGAAUGUUGCGGGUUUCUGCGGCCCGCAUAGAUAUAUCGCUGAUGAGACGGAUGACAUCUGGGAUCAGGUUAUGGGAGUCAAUGCUACAGGGGCUUUCAACUGCACUAGGGCUGCUUUGUCCGCGAUGGACGCUGGGGGGUCACUGGUCAACGUCACGAGCGCCGGUGGUCUUCAAGGUCUAGUUGGCAUGGGAGCUUAUUGUGCAAGCAAGCACGCGGUCAUCGGCUUGAGCAAGACGGCAGCCAAGGAAAUGGGGUCCAAGAACGUAAGAGUGAACUGUGUUGCUCCUGGCACAAUCGAUACGCCCAUGGUGAAGGAUAUGGAAAAGUCCAUUGGUGCAAGUCUAACGACAGCUCAUCAAGCCCUAGACCGAAAGGCCGAUCCGUCAGAGGUUGCGUACGUGAUUGAAUUCCUGCUAAGCGACGAAGCUAGCUUCGUUACCGGUUCCGUGUAUAGUGUGGACGGUGGCUGGGUUGCGUAA